AAUAAAAUUUUAUUUUAUGGUUGUCAGUGCUAUGUAUCGGUCGAAUUAUAUUUUAUUCUUGAGUAAAAUCUACUAAAUAUCAAAACUACGCUGUAGGGUUUAGCUUUAAAUUAUUUGUAAUGCAUGUUAAUUUAUUUCGAGAAGUAUACAUUGUAAGAUUUUUGCUACUACUAUGGUUUUGCACGGGUUCUUUGGGGGUCCGCUACCCUGAAUACUCAGGGGUGGAGAUGCCUCACUACGACUAUGAUGCGAACAGUCAGCCGGUGUCGGGGGCGCCGGCAGGGCCUGCGCCUGGAGAUGAGGACUACCAUGAACCUGAUGAACCACAAGAAGACUACAAUGAAGACAGUCCCCCCGACAAAAACGAAAAGUCUUUUCUAAGAAAAGAAAGUUGGUCUCCAUAUUCAAGAAAAAUUGUAUCAAGUCGCGGCCACGAUGACGACACGGAAAAUAUGAAAAACUAUAAAAUUGAGCGUCCAGUCCGACACAAAUCAGAAUUUAGUCCAACAAAGCGGAAUUGGUUCAAUCGCCAGAAAGAUUUGAGAGACGAGAUAGUGAUGAAAGGAGUGACCGUGCCGCGAUACAUGAACCAAGAUUUCCGUCAAGUAAUAGGAAAAAACAAAGAAGUGUUUAGUAAAAAUAAAGAUGCGGAAUUAGAGGAACCGGUUUCUGUUAUAUCAGAUGCAUUAAUUAGAAGGAAACCAAGAGAUAGGUCUUUAAUUGAGCCCUCGAUAGAGUAUGAUGGAGAAGAGUCAUUUGGUCUGCAUCGUCAGCCUGGUCUGCGGGCGGAGGGGGGGAGGAUGACGCGCGGGGAGCGAGAGGAAGCGCUGCGUCAACGUCAGCGAGAUAAAGAGAAAGUGAUGAAAGCUCCACCGAGACCAAAACGACCGCUGCCUGAAGAAGAUGACUAUGAUUAUGAUGAUAUGAAAAGAAUACAAAAAGUCAAAAGCAAAGUUACUACUCCUCCUCCAAUGUCACUGCUCGGUCAGCGGCGACUGAAGAUGCAGAAAAGGGGCAGACAGCGUGAAAGAUUCAGAAAGAUGCGGCGGUCUACGCUUAACAUCUUCCAAGACACUACGAACUCACAGGACGAAGAUAUGAAUGAUCCAGCAUUUUACACCGGCAUACAUGUAAACAUAUUAAAUGAAGUUCUACCAGCAAUCGAUGAUCGAAGGAAACAUCUAAUAGCACCUUCCACUGCACAAACAUUGCCCUCAGUAGUUAAUUAUGACGAUGAGUCAUUGGCUCCAGAGGAUGAUGUUCGCAAAAUAAAAUUACACAGAAAACAUCCCACCAACAAAAUAGCAAAAAAUAAAUCAGUAAAAAGAAAAAAUAAACAAAGAUAUAAAGCCAAAAAAGUAAACAAUGACGCUGAUGAAAAAGAAAAUUCUUCAGUUAUACAAGGACAGGAGCAGCGGUUGACUUCUCCAACGAUUCUAAAUGAACUUAAAAAAAACGAACUGAAAGUAAUAACCAAUAUUAAGUCCUAUACAGUUGGGGGAUCAAAAAAAGAUAGUUCAAAUUUGUUUACCGAAUCGGAAAAAUUUCAGAAGUACAACACAAUAGAAAAAGAAUUCAAAAGAGAUCUGGAAAAUCAAUUGAAUAUACAAAUGAUUCAAAAAUUAGUUACAGAUGCAGAUAAAUUAGACACCGUAAAAGAAACGAAUUUUAAUGGUAAUAAAUGCAUCAAAGAAAAUGAAAAUGACAUUGAGUGUAAAAAUCCAACUAACUCUGCUAUCUCUAAAAUAUUCGAAAUAACAACCACAGUAAAUAGUUCCGAUAUAACGCUUCAUAGAACUACUUCUGACACUGCAAUCAGUAAAUCUCCAUUAACCACGCAACAAAGAUUUACUAACGCAAGUUUAGAUGAUAAAUCAACGAUAAAUGGAUGUACGACUAUCUCUGAAAAUUCUUAUACUUACAACGCAUCAAUGAUGGAAGAAAGGUUGGAAAUAAUAAAGAAGGUUUUAAUGAAAGAGAAUCUCGUGAUUGGUGUCUAUGAAGAUGGGGAUGUGGAAGAAUUGAAGGAAUCGGAGAAGAAGAAGUCUAAAGGGCGGAUGAACCGUCAGGCGAAUUUCUGGGCGCCGGAGUACCUGGACAAAGUGAAAGAGGUGAUGCGGCGCCGCCUGGUGGCCCGAGCCGAGACCCCAGAACAGCUGGCCGAAGACUGGAACGACCUCGUGUGUGAAGACAUCGACGUUGAGACAUUACAGAAGAAAAUAUCAAAUUUGGCCCCACACCGCUUUUCUACAGCUGAUGUGUUGUUGUUUGUGCCCUUUUUGUUUUGGACGUUUAUUUACUAGUUGUACUAGAAGACACUCGUAUUUAUUUACAGCGAGCGUACCUAAGUACAUGUAGGUACAAACUUACUAUUUCUACUGUUGCUUUAUUAUUUUUACUCAGUUUUUAAAUGUAUUUUUCUUUAAUUUGAAUAUACAAAUAAACACUUUAUUUUGUUA